AUGAGUGUUAGAUAAUUAAGAAUGAAUUUCGCUUGUUAAUUCUGCAAAAAUAGCAAAGUAUACUGCCGGUGUGUGGACUGUGAGAUUUUUCUGUGCUCACAGUGCGACUACAUCGAGCAUCAUCAUUUAUCAAAUCAAUUUGACAAAACUGACAAUCCUCUGUAACACAAAAGGAUCAGAAUUUGCGAGGAAUGUGAGGAGUAAGAAUGCGCAACAUAAUGCCUAAGCUGUGAGCAGUUUUUAUGUCACUCUUGCAGCAGCAGACUACACUAGAAAGGAGCUCGCUAGAAACAUAAGCGCCAGCCCAUUCACGGCUCACCAGAUUUCAUUAGACCUUUGAAGUUAAAAAGCGCAAGUUCAAGCCAAGAGCCACCUAUAAAUAAUUCAUCAUCAUAGGAAGGUAGAGAGAGUCAAUCUCCAAGGAAAAAUUCAGCUGACAAUGCUGAAUACUCAAAUGAAAAUAAUCAAAAUUAAAACUAAGGAGAAUUCCUUGGGAAGAAGGGAAAACAUAACGCCUCAUACACUCAAUCAUAAUAGAGGUAAACUUAUUAUGCUAAGAAUUCAAACUAUGAUAACAAGCCCAGAGUCAAUCAGUACUAGCAAUCUGGAAACUAUCCACAAAAUUAAAGUAGGAACACGUAAAAUCCAAGGGGAAGUAAAGGAAGCAGUAGUUACUCUUCAGGAGGUAGUUCAGCUGGAUCACACCAUAAUUCCUAUAACAACUAUGGAAGAGGAUAUUCUGAAAAUUACUAUGGGCAGUACGGGACUGCCAACAGAAAUGUAAAACCUUACAAGAAAUCUUAGGUGGUUGUAGGGGGGCAUAGUGGGUCAAAUAGAGAUCAAAAUAAUUGUUAAUAAAUCUCAGACGUUAUCCCACCUCAAUUUUUCGAAGGAGAUCAGAUAGUCAUCCCAGUAUGGCAGCCAUUUGUGAAGUGUGAGAAGAACUAGAAGGAAAUGUUCGUGAUAUAGAAGGAAUUGUUCUAGUUCGCAGCAAAAGGAGAGCUCUUAAUAGAGAAUAAUUUAUUCAUUGGAAUAUUAGCUGAUAAACUUCAAAUUUAAGAGAGUGAAUGCUAACGACUAAUUGAUUAAGCAGAAGAUCAAGGAAUCAUUCACCAGACAAAGAGAAAUUUCGUCAAGAUUAAAACAUUAAGCUUCCUAAGCCUUUAGCUUGAAAUCAUAACUCAUGAAUGCAUAAGCUGGGUCGUAGCAAGCUUGAAAAGAGAUGAGAUGACACCUACUGAGAAAGCUUUGCAGAAUAGAAUAAAGGAAGCUUUUGCCUUUAAAAUUCCGACCUCCUUGUGGGAAAUUAUUACAGAAUCCCUUGAAACCCCUGAAGUCAAGUAGCAUAAAACUAACACAAAGAUGCUCUAUAUAGAGGUUAGUCAAUCUAAAGGUAAAGCUGGGUACUACGGAAACUCAUACAAUGAAUACUAUAAUGUUUAGAAAGAUGGGUAUUAAGAACAUACUGAUUAUCAGGAUUUUUUCGUAUAUCCAGAUAAGAAAAAUGAUUCCAUACCAUUGUUUAAAGUGAAAGAAAUAGAGGAAGAUCCUUCAAUUGGUUAAAUGACCAAAGCUGUUUACUUAAUUGAUGAGGAGGAAUGGCUAGGUGUUGAUCAAAACAUCGAAGAUGUUGAUUACUAAUUGUAUGACUAGUUAAAAUCUUUCCUUCAAGACUACUUUUGCUCAAAUUAGGAUUAAACUUAUGAUGAGGAAGAACAAAAAUGGUGUUCUUCAAUUGAAAAUGCAUUAACCAGAACCACCACUUCCACGUAAAAUCAGAAUACUACAAAGUACUAUCAUGGUUAAAGCAGUGAGUUAGAUUUCGAUGAAGUAAGAGCAAUUCCAGGAGGAAGAUACGGAUGUGCAUAAUUUGUAAAGAUAUGUGGACCUAUGAAUUUGAGACAAUGCUCGCUUGGACGACUAGCCUAACUAGUAUAGUAUGCAGUCAAAGAAGAUGUCUUAAGAUAUCAUAAAACUCUCCUUGUGUGGACUACAACUGUAGAUAAACACAAGAGAUUAGCUGAAGAGAUGCAUAAGCAAUCUCACUAAAAUGCUGCUAUUGCAGCCAAAUUAAAUGUAGUUAAAAAUGCAUUAACUGAAAUCCUGGCUGAGUCCAAGACUGGCAUGUCUCUAGCAUAACUACCUCUAUAUCUAAGAAGAAAACUUCCAUUUACCCUGGAUCUCAAUGAACUUGGUUUCCCUAAACUCAAAGAUCUGAUUCUUUCCAUGUCAGACCAGAUUAAACUUGAACUCAAAGGUCACAAUCACCCUUUUGCAUACCUAAUAAAGAGUGGAAGAUACGUUCACUCAACAAGUAAUUCUGAUGACUUCAAGAGUAUCCCUCAAAGUAAAACUUUCAUCAAAACUUAACAAUCUCAUAACUCUGAAGAUGUAAAUAUUGGUAGACAUCUAAAAAAUGCAAUAGCCAUUAAUGAAGGAAACAUUAAGAAUGUACUGACAGCAUUUUAUAAUUUGAUGAGAGAAUAUCCUAUUGGUAUAAAAAGUUAUGAAUUGCCGACCAUUCUAUCUAAUAAAAUCGGCUAAAGUUUUAGUUUCAAAGAUUAUGGAUGCCAUUCACUGCUUGAAUUUCUAAAGAAAUAUGUGAUACCCACAAUGGACAUAGAAAUUAUAUCGAGUAGUCCCUAAGAGAAUGAUGCAUAUCUUAUUAGAUCAAAAUAAUUCUUCAUGAAUUAUAACUAUGAACUCGCUUAAAAUCAAAAUAUGAGUGUUUAGAAAAAUGCUACUCAAAUGAACAGUCCUAAGUUCAAUUAAAUUAUUAACACUGGAUAGUAGAACAUUUUCAACCAAAAUUCACAGAAGGAUGAAAAGUAAAUGAACAGGCAGAAUUCAGCCUCAAGCUCUUUAAAUGUCUCAUCUCAAUGCUAUGUCCCUAAUCAUCAAAGUCUUUAUGGAGGUUCAACAUCUGCAAACUCGACUUAAAUUAAUGUGAGCCAUAUAAGAUUCAAUACUGCAGAUACUGCUGAGAUUUAGACUCAUAACUUUGCAAAAAAUGAAAUUCACCCCACAAACGCUAUAAAUGCAAAUCCAUUCUAAAAACCUCCACUACCUCCACCUCAAAUUAAUCAGCAAUUUUCACAAAUCACCUAGUCAUAAUUCAAAAACCAAUUCUAUACCUAGCAAAUCAACAACUAAUAGAGACAAAAUAAUUACAAAACUUAUCCUCCUUUGUAGUUAUAACAAUAAUUUUAGUAGUAGCAACAAGCACAAAAUUUUAUUAGCCACUAGUAAUCACCUUCAAAUACUACAACAUUUUCACUUUAAAGUUAUAAUCCUCCAUAAAAUAAUUUUCCAAAUCAAGUGUUACCAGGCUUUUUCCUAUCUCCGAGUCAUUUAUAGCUCAACAAAAAUAUGGAUUUGAUGUCUCAAAAUGCAAUGAUUAACAAUAAUUCACCUCUACACAGCAGAGCUAUAUCAUUCAACAAUUCUGCUUAUGGUGCUUCAGGAAAUAAUAUCUAAAGUACAACAUCAAAGAGUGUAUCUUAAGAUUAUACAAAUUCAAUGCAAUCACUAGCUUACCCUCAUUCCAUGAGUCUAAAAUAAUUAAAUAUGCAAAAUAUUGGUUAAAGUUAGAGUGGAUUUGCUACACCAUAGACCUAAUUGAACAUGAUAAGUAAUUUAAACUUUCCAAACAAAGCAUUUGGUCAAAGAUAAAAUCAAGAUUCUAUAUUUGGUUCUCCUAUCCCAAACUCUUUUCAAUUUGACUCACUCAAUGGAGGAAAGUAUGAAUCAAGCCCACCUUAUAAUCAAGAUGAAGAUGAUAGCAAUUUCAAUCAACAUAAUAUCAAAUUCAUUGAAAAAUUAGUGUGCGAUGAUGACAUGGAUUUCAAAUCUGGUGAUGAGUAAUCUAGCAUGAGCAUUUAAUCUCCACAGCUUUCUGCAGUAGCAACUAAUGGACUUAGAGUGCCAAUUUCUAACUUCUAAAAUUCUGGCCCUGGUCUUACUCUUAAUCAAACAAGAUCACUAAAUUAAAGUCAGUAAAAGAAAAACUGGGGAUCAGUAGAUAUAAAGAAUCAAGGAGGUGGUUCUGUCAACAGCUCUUCCCAUAAAUAAUUAGGAGGAUCCUAAAUGCAAUCAAGUAACUCAUGCAAGAACAUUGUAGGAAACCCGAUCAUAGAAGGGGGUAGCACAUCAUCAGAUGAAAAUAAAAGACCAUCAACUGUUUUAGAACAAAAGACUGAGGAAGAUGCUGAGGAUAACACAGCCUCAUAACAAAAUCUGAACUAGAGAUGGAGUCAUCUGCAAAAUAGCAAUCAAUUGAGCGAAGAUGAAAGCAUCUGGUCGAACCCUCAAAAUUAAUAGUAGGAUUCAUUAUGGACCAAGGAUGUUAAUCUCUUCAAGGAAUGA